GAUUUGUGAACUGAAGUCCUGGAUAUUUUUGUUUUCUUAUGCAGCAGCGACAAUGGUGAGAGUUAGCGUGCUGAAUGAUGCUCUCAAGAGCAUGUACAAUGCAGAGAAACGUGGUAAGCGUCAGGUGAUGAUCAGGCCGUCAUCCAAAGUGAUCAUCAAGUUUCUUAUUGUCAUGCAAAAGCAUGGAUACAUUGGAGAGUUCGAGUAUGUUGACGACCACAGCUCUGGCAAAAUUGUGGUCGAACUGAAUGGAAGGCUUAAAAAGUGUGGGGUCAUUAGUCCUCGUUUUGAUGUUGGUGUUAAGGAGAUUGAAGGUUGGACUGCCAGGUUGCUUCCUUCAAGACAGGUUAGUCAAGCAUUAGCAGUUAGCUUUCUUCUCGGAAAAAAGAAUUGCAGUGGUCUUUCAAGUUUGGAAAUAUGA